AUGGCCGUCGCACGCUCUAUGCGCCGUGCGAGUCCCAUCAGCCUCGUGCUGGCUGCCCUGCUUGCCUUUGGCUUCAUAGUAUUCAUGCUAUCUCCUUCCACGCCCUCCGUCUCCGCAUCCGCAUCCGCCGUCUCCUCGCAACAGCGCCAGGAAGAUGCUGCAGAACACCCUCUCUCCCCACCGACAAAACCCUUCCUCAAGUCCCCGGCCGUCCGGAGCAAUGGCGUCCAAGCUGCCCCGCCCGUCGUCCACUAUAACCUCAACAACCAGACGAGCUCGAGUAACGCGAUCGCCAACCGCGAGCGGAUCCUCAUUCUCACCCCGCUAGCCCGCUUCUACCAAGGAUACUGGGAUAACCUGGUCAAACUGAGCUACCCACACGAGUUGGUCUCGCUGGGCUUCAUCGCACCCAAGACGAAAGACGGAAACGCCGCCGUUGCCGCGCUUGAGAAAGCCAUUCAUACCACGCAAUCCGGCCCGAUCGAUAACCGCUUCGCAAGCAUCUCCAUUCUUCGACAGGACUUUGAGCCACCACUACAAUCGCAAGACGAAAAAGUCCGGCAUAAAAUGUCUGCGCAGAAAGAGCGUCGUGAAUCUAUGAGUCGCGCGCGGAAUAGUCUCGUCUUCACCACGAUGGGACCGAGUACCUCAUGGGUUCUCUGGUUGGACGGGGAUAUCGUCGAAACACCUGCCUCGCUCAUCCAAGAUCUCACAAAACACAAUCAGCCCGUCAUCGUACCGAAUUGUUACCAGCGGUACUACGAUUCUCAUUCUAAGAAAUGGGAUAUCAGACCCUACGACUAUAACUCGUGGAUCGAUAGCGAGCAAGCUCAGAAUUUAGCCGCGGAAAUGGGCCCAGAUGAGAUUCUGCUAGAGGGUUAUGCAGAGAUGCCGACUUACCGCACGCUGAUGGCCUAUUUGCCUGAUUUCAAGGCUCUGGAUCCCCACCGGAUGGUGGCGCUAGAUGGUGUCGGUGGAACGGCGCUUAUGGUCAAAGCCGACGUCCACCGCGAUGGCGCCAUGUUCCCUGCUUUCCCGUUCUUCCAUCUCGUUGAGACGGAGGGUUUCGCGAAGAUGGCGAAACGGUUGGGAUAUUCUGUCUUUGGACUGCCGGAUUAUUUCGUCUAUCAUUAUAACGAGUAA